UAAACCGCAAUCAAACGUACGACGCGCUCAAUCCCCGCCGCACACUCUCCGUAGGGUUUAUACGCUCUUUCCACUCCAUAGCCGACAGCAAGAACAACAAACCCUUCUCCUCCUCCUCUUUCUCAUUCACACACACUAACACCCCGGUGUGUGAAAUCCUGGGGAAGAAAUUCAGAAGAAAGACCGAUUGAAACUUAUGUUUGUACGUUUGUGAGGUGAACUUGGCGGUGGAUUUUAUUCUUUCUGAUUUAUCUAUGGGGGAGGCGGCGCCAAUUGUUUCGGGACUGGACUCCGAUUCGGCGUUGUUUCAUCGGAGGAUCGAGUUUCACACAGCGAGGAAGCCGUUCAAUGGGUUUGGGAACAAUGGUAGUAAUGGGUUUAAGCUGGUGACUUUGAAUCCUAAUUCCGAGGCCCAUAAAGCUUCCGGGUCCGGAAAGAAGUGUGAUAAGCCGGAGCUUCCUGAGAUUGGAUUGGAUCCCGAGCUCAGCUUUGAGAUUUCUUUCCGCAGAAUUGGUGCCGGCUUACGCAAUCUUGGAAAUACUUGUUUCCUUAACUCAGUACUGCAAUGUCUGACUUAUACUGAACCAUUAGCGGCUUAUUUACAAAGUGGCAAGCAUCAAAGUUCUUGUCGUACUGCUGGCUUUUGUGCUCUAUGUGCAAUCCAGAAACACGUAAGCCGUGCUCUGCAAUCAACCGGGAGAAUUCUAGAGCCUAAAGAUCUUGUUUCAAACUUGCGCUGCAUAUCUAGGAACUUUCGAAAUGCCAGGCAAGAAGAUGCUCAUGAGUAUAUGGUGAAUUUGCUGGAAUCAAUGCACAAAUGCUGCUUACCAUCUGGUUUGCCCAGUGAAUCACCUAGUGCUUAUGAGAAAAGUUUAGUCCACAAGAUAUUUGGCGGUCGCUUAAGGAGUCAGGUGAAAUGCAUGCAAUGCUCCUUCUGCUCCAAUAAAUUUGAUCCUUUCUUGGAUUUGAGUCUGGAAAUAGUGAAAGCAGACUCGUUACGUAAGGCACUUGCUCAUUUUACGGCUAAAGAGCAGUUAGAUGGAGGUGCUAAGCAGUAUCAGUGUCAGCAAUGCAAACAGAAAGUUAAGGCUCUGAAGCAGCUAACAGUUCACAAGGCACCCUAUGUACUUACUGUUCACCUUAAGCGAUUCGGUUCACAUCUACCAGGGCAAAAGAUUGAUAAGAAAAUUGCUUUUGAACCUACCUUGGACUUGAAACCUUAUGUAACUGGCCCCUAUGAUGGGGAUCUGAAAUACACUCUCUAUGGUGUUCUUGUUCAUGCGGGUUGGAGCACUCAUUCUGGCCACUACUACUGCUUUGUCCGCACAUCAAGUGGCAUGUGGUAUUCCCUUGAUGACAAUCAGGUCAUCCAAGUUAACGAGAGGAAAGUUCUGGAACAGAAGGCCUAUAUGUUGUUUUAUGUUCGAGAUAGGAGAAGUUUCCCAACAAAGAAACCUGUUGAUGUUGUGCAUAAAGAGAAGAUCGUUAUGAAUGCAGUUGGAAAUGCUGCAUAUUCAAAAUUCAAUCUGGAGUUAAGAGAAAAAAGUCAAAAUGGCUCAAUCGAGAAAAAGUUAGAUGGUUCUUUUUCUGCUCCUUUAUCUGCGAAAGAUGCACAAGUCACCACUACGCCAAGGGAGAUCCCUUUGAAGAAAAUAUCUUCUCAGAAUGCAGAUGGCAAAAUGGAUGAACAGGACCAUUCUACUAUUGAUGUUAAUUCUGUGGGCCGUAAGGGAGAGUCAUGUUCAACUGUUGGGUACUCUGGUUGUACUGCUGCCAAAGAUGUUUCCCGCAACAACAGCUUCACUGUUACGCCAGAUAAAAAGCCAUCUGUGGGCCUUUUCCCCGACUGCAAUGUGCCGCAAGAUUCACUUAAGAAAAAGGGAUCAAGUGAUGUAGUCAUUCCAUCCGCAUGCUACAAUGACAAUCCCAAGGGAAAUCCAAGUGAAUCAACUCAGAAGCCACCAAACAGCAGUAUCCUCUACUCAUCAUCUGGAGACACAUGCAAAAUGGAUGGCACCAAUUCUGAAAUGCAUGAUGGUAAGAUCAUGCCAAUGGCGGUGAUUGCGGAAGCAUGGAAUAAAGUGAGCCAUGAGAAAUCAUCAAAGCAGAACAUAAAUGGCGAGAGUCAGAUUGGAGUGGCCCCUAGGAAGACUGGUGAUAAGGAAACUCGUGGAGAUGGGCACAGGAUGAGAGGUGUCAGAUCCAAGUUAUCACUCUCACCAGCCACAGGAGAGCACUUUUGUCUUGGGAUUGCUGAGACCAAAAGACCCGAACUGAAAGUGAAAAGAAAGCUGUUCAAGUAUCAGGUUGCCGCCAUGUCUCUCAGCUCCAACAUUAUAUUUGGUGCACAUUUUUGCAUGAGAAAGAAAACUCACAAGCAAAGGAAGCGUAGUUCUCAGCGGAAGAACUCUCCCACUUGGAAACAUGUCUUGGGUGGGAAUGACUUACCAUCAGAUCUUGGGCCAUCUGUUUCUGAUGCAUCAUUACCAACUCACUCUCAGAAAAAGAAAGCAGAACGUGGUUCAGAUGUUGACAAUCAGAAUUUAAGCGUUAAAAACACUGGUGGCAAAGGUCAAAUAUCAGGUAAUGGUAUCAAUAAUGAAUUUAGAGAGAGAGUUGUUCGAGAUGGCACCACACUUUCAGCUGAAAAGCAGCCACCAGUAAGGCAAUCUGCUGCUGAAGAACCUGGAGAUUCUGAAGGUUACACAUGGGAAAUGAGGCAGACUGGUCUGAUGAGCAUACUUACUCGAGGCUUAGAAGAGACAACUGUUGCUCGCUGGGAUGACAUGGAUGUUUCAGUUUCAGACAACUCAGAAGCAAGGGAAGCAAGGGCAACCCAAAUCGGAUACAUUGGCGAUGAAUGGGAUGAGGAAUAUGACAGAGGAAAGAGGAAGAAGGUAAGGAGCUCAAAUAUUAGCUUCGGUGGACCGAAUUUAUUCCAAGAAAUCGCCACGAAAAAUUCAAAAAGAAAGAGAGGGAAAUUGGACAGAUCGAGCUUUAAAAGCCAACCAUUUAGGAUAUGAUGGUGAUGGAGCAUUGGGCAUGUUGCGAUGUUCCAAGACAAGAAUCUCAAUCCUCGUUAAUUCCUCAGCCGGUUGCUAUGAGUUUGUUGGUACAAGGCUUCAGAUAUGAGUUUUGUUAUAGUUCCUCCUCGUAAUCGAGUUUUUCCUUAUUUUUAAUUUUAUUCUUUUCUUGCUUAUGGCCUCAUUUUGAGAAGAGAGGCAGGCUGCCAGAGGCUAUAGUUUGAAGUGAAUUUGGAAGACAUGAGCUAUGAUCAGUGUAGUGUAUCAACCCUUACAGAUUGUUCAGUUUACAAAAUUCCCUCACACAGUCCGUUUUCCUUUUAGGAAGUUCGUCAUUUUG